AUGGACAAGAUAUUCGAGAUUGGCAAUAGCAUGUUCGAGGCAGCGUCGGAGAAGAUCAACACAUUGAAUCUGGCAGAGAAGAAGAGAUACUUGUCAGAGCGUGCCGGUAAUAUGUUGGGUGUCUCUGGAAAUGUCUACGAGAUCAAUGGUCGAAGAUAUACUGAGCGUACAAAGAUUGCUGAAGGUGGCUUUGGUCUAGUCUAUCUAGUCCGUGAUGACUACAACAAAGAGUACGCACUAAAGAGAAUGUUUGUACACGAGAAAGAGCGUCUACAUUGUAUUCAAAAUGAGAUCAAUGUAAUGAGAUCAUUGAAACAUAAUAGGAACAUUGUACGAUUGGAAGAACAUAAGAUUAGUGAGAAUAGAGAGAAGAGAGAGACAGAGGUGUUGAUGCUGCUGGAGUUCUGCUCAGGUGGUAGUGUAUUGGAUAUAAUGAACAAUAGAGGUGAACGUAAUGGUCUGUCCGAGCGUGAGAUCCUCGCCAUCUUUGCCGACACAGUCUGCGCCGUAAUGGAGCUGCACAAUCAGAAUCCUCCAAUCGCUCACAGAGAUCUCAAGAUUGAGAACAUAUUGUAUUGCGAGAACUCUGGAUGCUAUAAGUUGUGUGACUUUGGUUCAGCGACUACAAAGGUGUUUGAUUGCUCGGUGGACACGGAGAGAGUUAGGGCCGAGGACGAUAUCAACACAUUCACAACACUGUUCUAUAGAGCGCCAGAGAUGGUCGACCUGUACCAGAGACAGUUGAUCAAUGAGAAGGUGGACAUCUGGGCUUUGGGCUGUCUGUUGUUCAAGAUGGCCUUCUUUGUCGAUCCGUUCGAGAGCUCGUUGGCCAUCAUGAACAUCAGAUAUCAGAUCCCAAACAACUCGAGAUUCUCACCUGCCUUCCACAGUCUAAUCGAGUACCUGUUGACACCGGACCCCACUCAACGUCCAUCCAUCCAUGAUGUCAUGGGCAGAGUCGAGGAAAUGAGAGGAGGUGGAAGUGGCGGUGCCAGACGCAAGGGAUUGCAAACAUUCUCCAAUGCUCCAAGGAGUGGCGGCAACAAUCCACAGCGACCACUUUCACAAUCAGACCCAUCAACUCGUCCAAUGUCCAACAACUCCACUCCAUCGUAUCAAUCACCUUCCACUUCAAACACCUCUUCACCUGCCUCCACACCAACACCAUCGCGCAAGCAGAACCUCUUUGAUAUGGUCGAGUGGAAUGACAAUGGUUCAUCAUCAUCUGGACAGUCGACAUCAUCUCAAUCAUCAUCAAGACAGCAACAGUCUCAGCAGCAGCCCCAGCAACAGCAACAACAACCAAAACAGAGUCUCAUUGAUGACUUUGAUUGGACACCAAAGGGUGCUGUCUCAUCACCACCAGCCACUCAGCAACAGAGAGGCCUGGGUGGCAGUGCGCCACAGGCAACAUCCAACAACAACACAUCAUCAUUCAAAGAUGAGUUUGAUGACUUUAUAUCAGCGCCUUCAACGGCCAACCAACAGAAGAAGGCAGCAAACAUUGACGAGAUAUCAUUUGAUAAGAUUGACCUCUUCACUGCUACACCAUCCACAACUCAAGGAAGGACUCAACAGCAACAACAACAACCAUUCCAACAACAAGCAUCUCCAAUGCAACAGCAAACAUUCCAGCAGCAGCCAAUGCAGCAGCAGCCAUUCCAAAGACCCCAGCAGCCAAUGCAACAGCCAAUGCAGCAGCAACCAUUCCAACCAAUGUUCCAGCAGCCACAGCAGCAAAAGCAGUUCCAACAGCAACAGCCACAGUUCCAGCAACAGCAACCAAUGCAACAACAACAACAACAGAAGCAGCAGCCACAGCAGCAACAGAAAGGCAAUGAUUUCGACUUUACAUGGUCUUCAGUGCCAGCAGCUUCAACAACAACAGCUACUCGUCCAAUGAAUAGUGGCGUAAACAACACACAGCAACCUCAACCUCAGCCUCCAAAGGAUUACUUUGAUCAGCUCCUGAAGCCAACCACCUCCAAUACUGGUGGUCCACAGACACCAUCGAACAAGAGCACUGGCGCUGCUGGCCAGCAGUCGACUACAUCACCAUCGGCAGUCUACUCCAAACCAAACUACAACAUCGACCUGAACUCCUAUUCCCAAACGAAUGGCAAUGGUACCAACCAACCCAAUGCCGCGAACAGCAAGACCAACAAGAACCCUGCAUUCAACUUCAAUGGCUAUUAA